UAUGGGUGCCUGGCGUCUUCCCCACCUGCUGUCCAACCCAAGAGCUCAAAAACUUUUGCCCCACCCUCUUCCGCGCGGGGGGCGGGACCGGGACGGAGGGGCGGGGCCGGCUUUCCUAGGGAGUCUGCAGACCUGCCUGCUGCUCGCCCCAGACUCGCUGGGGUGCUGUUGACACUGCUCGCUGGGUGAGUGCCUGGGAGGAAAACAUCUCCUCCUCCCCGCCCCACCCACUGCACCUACAGUCCUUUCAGACCUCUUUGCUGGUUCCCACCUGCGCCAGGUGACACACAGAGCUGCCACCAUGGUUCAUCAGGUGCUCUACCGGGCUCUGGUCUCCACCAAGUGGUUGGCAGAGUCCCUCCGGAGUGGCAAGCUGGGGCCCAGCCUGCGGGUGCUGGACGCAUCCUGGUACUCACCAGGCACCCGGGAGGCCCGCAAGGAGUACCAAGAGCGCCAUGUGCCCGGCGCCUCCUUCUUUGAUAUAGAGGAGUGCCGGGACACGGCGUCACCCUACGAGAUGAUGCUGCCCAGCGAGGCGCACUUCGGGAAUUACGUGGGCCGCCUGGGCAUCAGCAACGACACGCACGUGGUGGUGUAUGAUGGUGACCACCUGGGCAGCUUCUAUGCUCCCCGAGUCUGGUGGAUGUUCCGUGUGUUUGGCCACCGCACGGUGUCAGUGCUCAAUGGUGGCUUUCGGAACUGGCUGAAGGAGGGACACCCAGUAACAUCCGAACCUUCAACCCCAGAGCCUGCUGUUUUCAAAGCUACACUGGACCGCUCCUUGUUGAAGACCUAUGAGCAGGUCCUGGAGAACCUCCAAUCUAGAAGGUUCCAGCUGGUGGAUUCACGGGCCCAAGGCCGGUACCUGGGCACCGAGCCAGAGCCAGAUGCAGUAGGACUGGACUCAGGUCACAUCCGGGGCUCCUUGAACAUGCCCUUCAUGGACUUCCUGACCAAGGACGGCUUCGAGAAGAGCCCUGAGGAGUUGCGCGCCAUGUUCCAGGCCAAGCAGGUGGACCUCGGGCAGCCCCUCAUCGCCACUUGCCGCAAGGGCGUCACCGCCUGCCACAUCGCCCUGGCCGCCUACCUCUGUGGCAAGCCCGAUGUGGCCGUGUAUGACGGCUCCUGGUCGGAGUGGUUCCGCCGGGCGCCCCCGGAAACCCGUGUGUCCCAGGGGAAGGGCGGGAAGGCCUGAGCAGUUCUGUCUUCUGCACACCGCAGCGCCCACCCCGGUUUAAUGAGCUGCCCUGAGCGGCGGCCGGUUCUUAGGCAAAGGAGAUUGACACACUUUUUUAGAAUUUCUAUGCAGAGAUUGCUGCUCCCCUACAUACUGGAAUAAAGUGCUUUUUCUGACUA